AUGAUGAAAACUGAAGGCAAAGGGGAAAGGACUCUGAGAAGCGCUUCUCCACACAGAAAUACUUAUAAAUCCGAUUUCCAUGCCAUCAAAUGCUCCUUCGAUGGGGUAAACAUCCCUGAAAAUGCUUCCAACAAAGUGGGCCCCCAGCAGAAGCUGAACACCACCUCCAGUGGAGGGGGGAAUGACCCACGUAGCCGAGGCAGAGCUGCCACCUAUGGCAACAGAGUACACAAGAUCAAAAACAUGUUCCUGCAGAUGGGGGGCUCCUCUGCCACACCACCGUGUGAAAGCAGCUCCCCCACUGAGGCCAAGAUAAUCAGUAAGGCAGUACCAACUGAUCUUGUACCUUCUCCCAGCAGUCCAUCUUUCCACGGUGUCCAAAAAAAUAACCUCCUUAAUACCAGCCCCUGCUGCAGCCCCCUGGACUCACUGCCUGUGUCUUCCAUGGGUGACAAAAUCAUCCGCAGCAAAGAUGAAGGUGAUUUGGAUAAAGCUGCCUUGGCAGAAAAGUUUUCUGAGACCAGGAAACUUUUCGAGAGGAACAUAAAGCAGCGGAGCUCAGUGGACAGAUAUUCUCCCAGCAAAUGUGAAAGAAGUGAAGAUAAGACGAGACAUGGUUCAGCCUCUCCUGACUGCAGCAGUGUGGUGGAUCAUUUUAAUUUCAAUAUAGAUGUGAUCCCUCAUAUGGCCCUGGAAAGAGCUGAAAGUCAAGGCAAUGAUGAGCACAGGCAGCAGCAUCUCAGUGGUGGCCCGAGAUCCUCCUCUUUGAAUGCAGGACCAAUUUCUAGGCGGCUGGAAAGUUUUCUUGGUGACAGUGACACUGAAGAAUCCAAAGAAAUUUCCAAAAGUGAGGGCACCCCAAGUCAAGGGUAUAUGCUCCCCUGUAGCUGGAAGUCACCUGCUGCUAUUGAAGGAUGCACGGAGGAGAGUCCAUGCCCCAAAGAGCCUGUUUGUCUCAGUAGCAGCAGCAGGGAUGAGCUGAGUCAGUCGCCUGAAGAAGUGCAUACAAGGGAGCAAGUGGCUCCUGGGAGGGGCCAGCAGGAUGUGAACAACACAUCUGAUAAGGAGGCCAAGUGGUUAGGGGACAGUGCCCCCCCACAGAUCUCCCAGGUAGAGAUGGUUCGGGCUGAACUGGUUGCGGUGCAAAAAGAAACCUCAGGGAAUAAAGAAGAUACCUUGAGGAAAGAUAGUGUCUUUCAUGGGGAACAACCACUCAGGCACCAAACUGGGGAAGAGAACAAUCAUUCAUUUGGAGGACUGGAAGAGGUAACAGUAUGCAGUGAGCCCAGUCAGAAAGAAAUAAGAGAGGGAGUGUCUCUGAAGGAGGUUCUUAUCACACGGGUACCGGACAAUCUAGAACAGGAGGGAGACACUGAAGAGGAGGAGGAGGAGCAUGUGGUGGAAAAUCAGAGAGAGAAGUUUAUUGCAUUUUCUGUCAGUGCUUUUGGAAUAGAGAAUGCAGGUUUUGAUGACGACCGGGAUACAGAGUCUGAAAACCAGGGCCCUGAAGGUAAAGAAACAUUGGAGGGGGAAGAGGAGUAUACCUAUGACAGUGAUUAUGAGGAGUUUCCUGGGCUAUCUGAAGAGGAAGAUCCUGAGCCGGACAGAAGAGUCAAGUUUUCAACUGCCCCUAUCAAGGUUUUCAGUACUUACUCAAAUGAAGUUUAUGAUAGACGUAAUGAAGAGGUUGACCCUGUGGCAGCAUCAGCAGAGUAUGAACUAGAGAAGAGGGUGGAAAAAAUGGAAGUGUUUCCUGUGGAAAUUGAAAAAGGUGACAGUGGCCUAGGCAUUAGUAUUAUUGGAAUGGGUGUUGGUGCAGAUCAGGGACUGGAAAAACUGGGAAUUUUUGUAAAAACAAUAACUGAAGGUGGAGCUGCUCAAAGAGAUGGACGAAUCCAAGUAAAUGAUCAGAUUGUUGAGGUUGAUGGUAUAAGUUUAGUAGGAGUAACUCAGCUUUUUGCAGCCACUGUGCUAAAAAACACCAAAGGCAGUGUGAGGUUUCUAAUUGGAAGAGAGAAACCUGGGACUCAGAGUGAAGUAGCUCGUCUUAUCAGUGAGACGUUAGAGCAAGAGAGAUGCCUAUAUGAGCAGCACUAUGCCCAUGAUGAUACAGAACAGGAUGAUGAUUAUGAUGAUGAUGAUGAUGAUGCUUUUGAGUCACAUUUACAUGGAAAGUCUGUGGAAGUCUUUUAUCUUCCUGAAAAUGAAAAUGAAGAUAUGAAUUUGCCACUGGAUAUGGAUUCAGCACAGUUUCUUCUUAAAUUUAAAGAGCUACAAUUAAAGCAUGCAGUAACAACAGCUGAAGUUAACCAACUAAAAGAGAGAUUAAAAACUACUGAAGCUGAAAAAGUUGAAUGGGAGUCAAGUAAAUCCCAGCUUCAGCAAACUUUAGAAGAGAGCAAAGAGAAAAUUAAGAAGUUGGAGACCUAUUGGUUAGAGGCACAAAGUUUAUGCAAGACUGUAAAUGAACAUCUUAAAGAAACCCAGGAACAGUAUGAUGCCCUGGAGAAGAAAUACAACAAGGCCAAGAAAUUACUUAAAGAUUAUCAACAGAAAGAAAUAGAAUUUAUGAAAAAAGAAGAGGAUCAUACAAGGAUUCUUGACGAGAGAGACAAGAAACAUGCAGCGCAACUGAACAUAUUCCAAGAGGAGAUUUCAGAGCUUCAGAACAAAUUAAAAAUAUAUGAGCGAAUACCUUGUAUGAUUGGCAGUAGCAUUUUGCUGGACACUGCCUCUCAAAGUCCAGAAAAACGAAAUGAAUGCUCAGAGAUUAAAGAAGAAAAUACAAAAGAAAUAGAGUCAUCAGCAGUGGAAAAAUUUGUUUCUUCAGAUACUGAUUUUGAUACUUUUAUGGGGGAUACUCCAAGAUUAGAUACUAGUGCCCAUAAAGCAAAAGCUCAGCUUGCUCUGAAAGUAAAACGUCAGCCACCUUCUCGAUCAAAGCUAAAAGAAUCUCUUGGAACUGGACAGCAGAAAUCAGAUCUACAGGAUGAGGAUACAGAGGAUGCUAUCCACAAUAGAGAAAUUGGUACAGCAUGUCAAGUCAAGUCUUUAGAAGUAACAGAAAAGCUAACUUUAUCCCAGUUGAACGAUGCAGAUCAAAGGAUUGAAAAGUCUGAACCAGUGGAAAGCACAGAGAGUUUGUUAGAGUCAAGUCCUUCUGUUUCCACUCACUCUUCUCCAAUACACAAACCAAACAAUGAAAACAGCACGAGUACUACUCACUCUCCUCCUAGUGAUGAUGUAACUCCCAGUUCUCCUCAAGCAUAUUCCAAGAAUGUCAGGCACAGAGAAUCAAAAGGGAAAGGAAGAGAGGCUAAAGAUGACAAGAGAAAUGAAGACAAGACAGGAGAAACAAAUGAUGUUGCGUCAUCAGGAAAGGCCAAAAGGAGAUUUCCAGAUUUUGGAGGUUUACGGAAAUCUGGUGGUAAAGGCAAGAAACAAGAGAAGGAAAAUCCAAGGAGCUCUCUGGAUAGCCGAGGCUCCCGAGAGUUAUUGGAAGACUCUGGCAACAAUCAAUCUGCAUCAGAUUCAGACUCUCCUGUUCCUACUUGCAUACCUUUCUCUUGGUUUGGGGACAGUCACAAAGAGCCUCAGGUUUCCAGUAGCAGCCUAACCUUUUCUCAGAGUGGACAGGCCACUGUAUUCGAACAGGGUCAAGAGAAAAACAGAAGCAAGAGUAGAAUUGUCAUAGAUGAUUCAUACCAUAGCAGGCCAAGUUGUGAUCUGUCAGGGUUAGUGACCGAACCAAAUCUGUCAGGGCGUUCACACACUUUAACCUUCUCUUCAAAUGAGGCACUAGAUGAUGAUUGUGCAGCAACAGGAAAACAAAAUCAGUGGCACAGUAGACCAAUUUCAGAGUGGACAACCCAACAGGUAUGCCAUUGGUUGAUGGGGAUGAACAUGGAGCAAUAUAUUGCAGAGUUUACCGCCAAGAAUAUAGAUGGACAGCAAUUAAUGCUGCUUGACAGUGAUAAGCUAAAGGCUCUGGGCGUUUCCAGCCAAAAUGACCGAUCCACAAUAAAGAAGAAAAUUAAGGAUAUUAAAAAAACACAAGAAAAACUGGAAAAACAGAAAGAAAAAGGUCAAAAGAAGGAAAGAGAAGUUCGCAAGACUGGCAGAGUGGUAGCUGCUGUAGAAUCAAGCUGUUAA